GGCGGCGUUGUUGUGAGGCGAGCUGGCAGCGGGCGCGGAGAGUCUCCUUGGGGCUGUCCCUGGUUGCGGCCUGUAGCGCCGGGUGAAGAUGGGCGGCAGCGGCAGCACAAGGAGAGUCACCUUCGAGGCGGAUGAGAAUGAGAACAUCACGGUGGUGAAGGGUGUGAGGCUGUCUGAUAGUGUCAUUGAUCGUAUGAAGGAACCUUCUUCACCCAGUGGAAGAUUGCAGUCUCAGCGCCGACCACCUGGUGCAGUUAAUGAUGAAGAACUAAAGAAAAGAAUAGCAGAAGAACUGGCAUUAGAACGAGCCAGGAGAGACUCUGAAGCUCAAAAGAGAAGACUGAAACAAGAACAAGCGUAUGUACGUGAUGAGUUUGGCAAGAUCCUGGAACGAGAAAGGAUUUCUUCCAAUGAGCAUUUGACUCGAGCCAUCAUUCGUGAGAGAGCUGCGACAGAAGAGGAGCGUCAGAAGGCGCAGCGCUUUGAGAUAGAAAAAAAGGCCAGGCAGCUGGAAGAGAAAGACAGAGAACUAAAGAAGCAUGAUGCCUACUACAAAGAGCAGCUGGCUCGACUGGAAGAAAGGAGUGCCCAAUUCUACAAAGUAACCACAGAGCAAUACCAAAAAGCUGCCGAUGAAGUGUCAGCCCGGUUCAAGCGAUACGAGACUCAACCAGUCUGUGCUGAUCUGCAGGACAAAAUUCUGCAGUGUUACAAGCAACAUGCUCAGGAGACCCUCAGCUGCUCUGCGCUGGCCAGCCAGUACCUGCAUUGUGUCAAUCAUGCCAAACAGCAGAGCAUGCUUGGGAGAGGAGGAUAAAGGCAUUGUCCAAAUCAAGCACAAGACCAUCAACUCUAAUUUCAGCAGAAGAGCAUUUUUUCCCAAGAAUGAUAUGACAGCCCAUUUACAGGGCAGACCAAUAAAGAGAAGAACUGGAAGAGCCAUUUCAAGAGCAGCAGCCAUCACGGCUCAAUCAGUGUGACCAUUUGAAAAGCCAAGACCUAUAUCUUAUUACAUCAGAAAUCAUACAUCCGAAGACACUGUUCAGUCUUAGUAAAAUCCACUUAUUGGUGAUUGAAGAAAGGAAAAGAAAAGAACCUCUCACUGACCUUAGAAAGGGGAAAUAUCCUUCAAAUGCUGCUAUUUCUCUGCAGAGUCUCCUCAAAAACUUCUCACUGUCAAAGGCAUGGGUAUGUAACACUUGGUGUGCCGGGAUGUGGCAGUGCAUUGUGACUAAGUCAGCUGCUGCUCCUCACUGUAUUUGUUGCUUAUAUAAAGUUUUUCUUAUGGUGGAUAAUGGCAUAAAUUUUACUUUUAACUUAUUUUGCAAAUGAUGUAGUCUAAUGAAGUCUCUCAUCAGGCCUUCUGCUGGAAUGAUGUUAAUGAUCCAACGCUUACGAUUUAACACGGCCUUCGUGAAACGAUUCUGUUGUGCUCUUCACUCUGAUAAAGUACUGAUGAAUAUGCCUCAUUCUGUACCAACAAUAAAUAUAUUUUAUGAACAAAA